CAUAUUUCCUGUCAAGUUUUUAGGCAUUUGAGAAACUUUUAAAGGCAUGGAGGUGCUCAGUUAAACCCUGCUAUGCCGUGUUUUUUAGUCUGCCGCCAUCUUUGCCUCACAGAGCGGAUUCUAGUCCGCUAACGUUAGUUUGGAGCCAGCCGCUGAUUUUGAGAGGUAUCUGGCUAGCAAGUUAGGUCAGCUAAGUUUUCUACGAUUAUAUUGAUUUGUGUAUAAUUUGACCAUUUUGGCAGUUUAGAUGAAUUCAGUAAUAGCUAGUUAUUACCACAGUAGUAAUCGAGCGAUUGUGCAAACAAACCAGCUAGCUAGCGCGCUCGAGUGCCGCUUGUUUUCAUUUGCCUUGUUGCCCCGGAAGCACCUCCAGUGUUAUUGCUCUGACUUUAGCGCUAAAUCCUUCCACGUGGUUUAGAAGUUGUAAACUUAGUUGCUAUACAGCAAACACGGCAACAAGUUGUGUUUGUUUUGCGGUGCACAUUAGACUUAUAACAGUCAGGAGUGUUUAUUGCCAAGUUUCGACUAACAGAUCGCAGGCUGACGCAUGACAUACCGUGGACACAAUGUUGUCUAUUGAGAUGGUUUGACAAAACGUAGAGGAGCAACUUCCUUUGAAGUCAAAGCUUAAACAAGGAACAGGUGUUAAAGAUGAAGAAGAAAGGACGACACAAUCGUGCGGCCACACCACAAAGGCCCCCCUCACCUAUCAAACCUUCAAGAAAUCGCGAGACCCUGACCUAUGCUGAAGCCCAGAGAAUGGUUGAGUUGGAAAUAGAUGGCCGUGUUCACCGACUUAGCAUCUAUGACAAGCUUGAUGUAAUCAGCAGUGAUGAUUCUUUGGCUCAGGAGAUCAGCGAAUGCAACAGUAACAAGGAAAACGCAGAAGAACCCCAACAGGUUUUGGUACGCUCUGUGCGACUCAAAAAUAAUCAACAAAAAAAGAGCGCUGCUCUGCAUACAGGGCAGGCUUCUCCGGCUCAGGGCAGGCUACCAGAGCCAAAAUUUCGAAUGAUUGAAUAUAAUCUUCCAGCUGUGCCACGAAGACCUUCUAUGUAUUACUCUCAUGUGGAGAAGACUUUGGAUGAGCUUGACGAGGAGGUGGAAUAUGAUAUGGAUGAAGAAGAUUAUGCAUGGUUGGAACUUAUUAACGAGAAAAGAAAAAGUGAGGGUUUCAGUCAGGUUUCGCAGAAUGUUUUCGAGUUCCUAAUGGACCGCUUUGAGAAAGAGUCCUUUGUUGAAAACCAGAGUCAGGGAGAUCCACAGUGUCUUAUCGAUGAGGACGCUGUCUGUUGCAUCUGCAUGGAUGGCGAGUGCCAGAACAGUAAUGCUAUCUUGUUUUGCGACAUGUGCAACUUAGCGGUGCAUCAGGAGUGCUAUGGGGUGCCCCACAUUCCAGAGGGCCAGUGGUUGUGCCGGCACUGUUCACAGUCUCCCUCCAAACCUGCAGAGUGUAUUUUUUGUCCAAAUAAAGGUGGAGCACUUAAGAGGACAGAUGAUGAACGAUGGGGCCAUGUAGUCUGUGCAAUUUGGGUUCCUGAGGUUGGAUUUACUAACACCGUUUUCAUUGAGCCAAUUGAUGGUGUAGCUAAUAUUCCACCAGCUCGGUGGAAACUUACCUGCUACCUAUGUAAAGAGAGGGGGGUUGGAGCCUGCAUUCAGUGUAGCAAGGCCAAUUGUUAUACCGCAUUUCAUGUGAGCUGUGCCCAGAAGGCAGGACUGUACAUGAAGAUGGAGCCGAUAAAAGAGGUGACUGAUACUGGAUCCACCACAAUUUCAGUGAAGAAAACAGCCUAUUGUUGUUCUCAUACACCUAGUGAAUGUACCAGGAGGCCUUUAAGCAUUUAUGAUGAUGGUCAACCCAAAAACAGUGUUUGUGAAAAGGGCAAACAAAAAAAUCAGAGGGCAAGAGUGAAGGGUUGCCAGAAGAAGAAAAACAAGAAAGCAGAUACACAGUCAGUUCCAUCAGUUCCAGCGUUUUCAGCACCUAGUAUAACGCCUAAAAGCUUCAGCAUUAUCCUCAACCAAGUCUCUGUUCAGAAGAAAAGGCAGUUUGUGGAGCUUGUUCUCAGUUACUGGAUGCUAAAGAGGCAAUCCAGAAAUGGUGUGCCUCUUAUUCGGCGCCUGCAAACUACCGUCCAUACACAAAAAGUUCAACAAUUGGAAAACAAUGAGGUGGAUUGCCAUGCAUUGAAAGAGCAGCUGAAGGAUUUGCAUCGUUUACGACAUGACCUGGAGAGAACACGCUUGCUACUGGAGCUCAUUCGAAAAAGAGAGAAGCUCAAGAGAGAGCAGGUGAAGCUUCAACAGUCAGUGCUGGAGAUGCAGCUUACUCCAUUUUCCAUCAUGCUGCGUGCUGUGUUGAACCAACUGCAGGAGAAAGACCAGGCCAAGGUCUUCUUCCAGCCUGUCAGCAUCAAGGAGGUUCCAGACUAUUUUGAUCACAUCAAGCAUCCAAUGGACUUUUCUACCAUGAGAAAACGCAUUGAUGCACAUGAAUACAAGAGUAUGGAUGAGUUUGAGGAUGACUUCAAUCUAAUGAUCAACAACUGCAUGACGUACAAUGCCAAGGAGACCUUUUUCUAUCGUGCUGCUGUGCGCAUGCGAGACCUUGGAGGGGCUAUUCUCAGAAAGACUCGACGAGAUGCGGAAAGAAUAGGAUUUGACUUUGCCAGUGGGAUGCAUCUACCUGAGGCACCUAAAGUUGAACCUCAAACUCUGCUGAAAUGGGAAGAGGUGGACCGGUUGUUAAAUCCUGCCAAUAGGCUACACAUGUCAUUGGAAGUGCAGCUCAACGCACUGUUAGAGAUGCUUGAUUUGACAACUGCGAUGAAAUCUAGCCCAUCACGGAGCAAGCGCCUCAAGCUGCUCAAAAAAACCAUCGGCGAUGUCCGGCUUGAAAUGAGCCAGAAAACGACAUGUCCUCCCUCAGAACAGAGCCAGUCCUGUGAGAACACACCACUCCUUGCUCCAGAGUGUUUGGAAGAAGUAGACCAGACAUCACCUCCCAAACUGGAGCCAUCAGCUUCUCAUCCACUUGUAAUAAAUUCAGAAAAUAUAUCCGAGCCUCCUGCACUGAAACCUGUGGACCUCAGCCCUGAUAAAUGCCAGAGAAAGAUCACGCUUGAUGGCAAGAUGUUCUCUACCUCACUGUUAAAUGGUCUUUCCUCUGACCUGCAACCCUCUGAAAACAGCGUCAUGGUUGCUACUUCCACUGUCACAGAACCAGCAGGCACAAUUAACAGAAGGACUGCAGUGCUUUUCCGGAAGUCUAAGAGUAUGAGCCCACAGAAACCGGUAAAGAUGGAAGAAGCUUCAGUGGAUUGCCCUCAGCUCGGCACCAAAACAUUCCUUUCAGUAGUUAUUCCACGGCUUGAGACUCUGCUUCAGCACAGGAAGAGAGCACACAGUGGGGGUAGCCAGGGUGGAGAUGAAGAGGAAUGCCCAGUCAAGCGUUUUGAUAGAGGUUUUCCUAAUGGCUGUAUAAUGCUUGAGCAGCAAAAACAUACGAGCAAUAGAGUCCUAGAGCCUCGACGUCGCUGUGCCUCCGAGUCUAGCAUCUCUUCAAGUGGCAGCACUAGUCUGCUAGAACGCACCAGUGCUGUCAGUCAUCCAAAGAGUGGGAAAGGGAAGCAGGCAAUGGCACGGCGAAACACAACGGAUGAUCGAAAUGAACUGGUCGCUUGCAUGGGAACGGGGAACCUUUCCAAAGCAAGCAAGCUGGCAUCUGAUCAUAGACCCACAGAUGCCCCGAACGGGCUUCCUUCGCAAAGGCGUGUUCAUACCCACUCCUCCACGGGACGUGCUCAGAGUCGGCGAGCUGAUGCAGUACAGGUCAGAGGAGAAACUCUUCCUCGUCCGCUUCUUCGACAACAAGCGCAACUGGCAAUGGCUUCCUAAGACCAAAAUGGUACCAUUUGGGGUUGACAAGAAAUUAGAUGAAAUCAAAAUGUUGGAGGCUCGCACCUCAAGCACACGGAAAGCUGUACAAAGCGCCUUUACUCGUGCCAUGAAACACUUGAGCUUAAUCCAAGACUUUAGCGAUGGUGACUGAACUUCUCUAAAUGGCCACUUCGUUAUCCCCCAUCUUGCCCACUAUCACAACUACAUAUCUGUCUGGCCGUGUUUACGGAGAGCCUAAAAGGGCUCCUUCUCUCUGGCCUUCCAUCAGGAGCAGAAUGAGCUUCAUUAAGGAAUGACUAAGAUGAUCUUCAGUAAUGUGCUGUAGCACUGCUGUGAAUACUUACUGCAGUCACCACCAUUCAAAAAAAAAAAAAGCCACAUUGCCAACCUUGCCUGUAAAUACAAGAUUGCUGUAAGUUAUCCAACACUAAUUUAUUCUGUUUCAGUUGGUACCGCACAUUACCUCGUGGAAGAUUUGUACUCCAAGGUGAACAGAGCACUGAGGUGCACACUCUGUUGGUGCUACAUUGCAAGCAAAGCCUCAAGUUUUUUCUCUCCUGUUUAACAAUAUAAACGAGGCAUUUGCACUUACUGUAUCAAACUAAAUUCCUUUUUAGCAGUUAAGUUAUUGUAAGUUACCAAUGCAAGCUUCUCCUAUUUGGCAUUAAUGUUAUUCACUUUUUUUUAUAUAAUGAAUGAAAAAAAAAAUAUUCUUACAACUACAUGCUGUUUGUACAUAUUUAUAUAAAGCUAUGAAAUUCUAUACUGUAUAUGUAAUGCAGAGUCAUUUUUGGACAAAGAAAAAAGUAGCGAUGAAAAACCAGAAGUGCAUCACUCAUACAAAACCAAAAAAUGCUGCCCAGUUUUCUUUAUUUUUAUUUUACACGAGAGGUUGUAAAGAGUGUGUGUGUGUGUGUGUGUGUGUGUGUGUGUGUGUGUGUGUGUGUGUGUGUGUGUGUGUGUGUGUGUGUGUGUGUGUGUGUACUGUACAAAAUAUAGUUGAGAGAUUUUCCAACUUGUUGCAUAUUUUUUCACUGUAUUGGGACUUGUGCUAGAUUUAAGAGAAUGUGCCUGUUCAAAUGACGUGUAUUAGAACAAAAAGGUAUGCAAAACUUUAUAGCCAAGAGUGUGUUGAGACAUUUUGGUGAAAGCUGUGGUUUCUGUGUUUUGUUUUGGUUUGGUUUUUUUUAAUAGCGUGUGUUUUUGUUUUUAUCAUAACCAUCUGUUGUAAUGGUUGAACUUUUGUCUUUUUUUUUUUGUUCAUAAAGGUUUUGGGUAGCAAGAGAAAUUUUCUUACAGAUUUCUUGUUUUAUAUGAUUGUCACAUACUUUUUGUGAGUGGUGUUCUGUAUUCUUUUCUCUGGGAGGAUCACAUCAUAGCCAAUGGUAGUGAAUGCUGGCAAGCUCCAGUAUUUUUUUUUUAUUUUAAAUACACUGAAAAUAAAAAUAAAAAUACAAAAAACCUA